AUGUCUAAACCAGAGCAAGUGUUACAGAUAGAACCCCAAAAUGAACUUAGGUUUAAAGGUCCUUUUAACGAGCCUGUUGCUUCUUAUAUGAAACUUACCAACCCGACAGACAAGAAAGUUCUGUUUAAAAUUAAAACCACAGCACCGAAGAAGUAUUGCGUUCGUCCAAAUUCCGGCGUAUUAGAUCCCAAUUCUAACACUGAAAUCUCAAUAUGCUUCCAACCGCACCCAUUCGAUCCCGCGGAGAAGAACAAGCACAAGUUCAUGGUGCAAACCGCUUUCGCGCCGGACGGAGAGAUCAACAUGGAGCAACUUUGGAAAGAGAUCACGCCGGAUCAAUUGAUGGAUUCGAAAUUGAAGUGCGUCUUCGACUUGCCCGCCGAGCAGGUCGAACAGAUCGAUGAUACCUCCAAAUUCAGCCCUAAGACAUCCGUAGCUAAUGUAACCGCAAGCAGUAACACUAUCGAAUCGGAACUACAAAAGGCUGCUCAAGAAGUUCAGCAAUUGAGGGAAGAGGAAAGUCAAUUGAGACAGCAAAAUAUACGAUUGAAAGAGGAGGUUUUGCAGUUGAAACAGCAACUGGGUCAGAUGCGUUCGGUUCCCGUGAACAGAUACGCUCCGCCUGUACAGGAACAGACGAUUCCGAUGGUCUACAUAGGAUUAGCGGUACUUCUGAGCUUCAUAGGCAUUAUAUUGGGUAAAUUCGCGCUCUGA